GCCACAGGUGGCCAGUUAUUUAGCUGUAGAAUAGCAGGUGUUUUAUUUGACUGCUUCCACAAAAAAAAGCUACUUUUCCUUUUAGGACUGAUAAAAUUCUAAGUCAGCUAAGAUUGCUGAAAGACUGCAGAGAGCACCGCAGUAUCUGCGUUCGACAGGUCAGGUCUGAGGCAGUUGUUGAAGGCGCACUGUUUGACAGUAAUGGAAGGAAGUACAACUUUCCCCCAGCCAUUAUUAGCUCUGUAAAGACAGCAAAUGCCCGCAAUGGCGUCUGUUCUGGAGGAUCCCACCUUAGAGAGACACUUCAAGGGGCAUAAAGAUGCUGUCACCUGUGCAGACUUCAGUCCAAACAGCAAACAACUGGCCUCGGGGUCAGUGGAUAGGAGCCUGAUGAUCUGGAAUCUGGCUCCCAAGGCCAGGGCCUUCCGCUUUGUUGGCCACCAAGAUGUCAUCACUGGGGUGCAGUUCUCCCCAUUGGGUAACCUGGUUGCAACAUCCUCCAAGGAUAGAACAGUCCGACUGUGGACACCUUCCAUGAAAGGAGAGUCAACAGUGUUCAAAGCUCACACCGCCUCAGUGCGCAGCGUUGCUUUCUCCCAUGACGGCCAGAGACUGGUGACAGCGUCCGAUGACAAGUCGGUCAAAGUGUGGAGUGUUCACCGACAGUGCUUCGUCUAUUCCCUCAACCAGCACACGAACUGGGUGCGCUGUGCCAGGUUUUCUCCGGAUGGGCGCCUCAUUGCUUCCUGUGGGGACGACCGUUCAGUCCGGCUUUGGGACACAUCCACCAAACAGUGCAUCAACUGUUUCACUGACUAUGGAGGAUCAGCGACGUUUGUUGAUUUCAACUCCAGUGGUACCUGCAUUGCAUCUUCGGGAGCUGAGAGUUCACUGAAAAUCUGGGAUCUACGGACCAACAAGCUGAUUCAGCAUUAUCAGGUCCACAGUGCAGGAAUCAAUAGUUUUUCCUUCCACCCAUCCAACAACUACCUGAUCAGUGGUUCAAGUGACAGCACUGUUAAGAUCCUGGACCUGCUGGAGGGACGCCUCAUCUACACCCUCCAUGGACACAAGGGAGCUGUAAUCACAGUAGCCUUUUCCAGGGCUGGAGAUCUCUUUGCCUCAGGGGGAGCUGAUGCUCAGGUGCUGAUGUGGAGGACAAACUUUGACACCAAAUCCUACCAUGAUGUCCUGGAACAGCACGGCCGGAGGUCCACCCCUGAUCCCCCACCCCACCUGUCUGACAUCCACCCCAAAGGACCCCACCUUCAUCACCCACGGUCCACUGCCAUUCAGAUCAGUCCAACAGUGGCAGACACUCAGUCAACUGACCCGCAUGUCAUAGAGUUGGGCCGAGCUUCUCACAGCACCAUGCUCUUAAACGGUCGGACACACUUGACGCCCACGCAGGCCGCCGCCAACAGUCAACACUCCAACGGUUUGCCGGCGCGCCAUGUCGCCACUUCAAGAGUGGAAGGAAGGAAGGGGGACGGAAGUGCCGGCAGGGCAGGUGUGUCUGCUGGGAGCCAGACUGGGGCUGGCGGGGGAGGAAGAGGAAGGAGAGAGGAAGAGGAGAGAGGGGAGACGCACCCCCUUGAAGUUCUCUCCGGUCAUCCAUCAAGUCUGGACUCUACCCUGGGGCACAUUGUGCAACAGUUGGACAUUCUCACGCAGACUGUUUCAGUGCUAGAGGAGCGUCUCACCCUGACUGAGGACAAGCUGAAGGAGUGUCUCCUCCACCAAUCCAGGAUUCUCAAGGACGUGCGAGCAUCAGGGGAGAGGCGGAGGACGGAGAGCGAGGGGACAGAUGGAUCACCUAUCCAUUUCACUUGAGGAAGACUUCACCCUCUCUCAGACUGCAGCACAAUCUCAGACUGAACAGUACUGCUUAACUAAGACUGCUGGACAUGGGUGUGUGUGUGUGUCUGUGUGUGUGUGAGAUACUAAAUGUCCACCUUGGUGGUCUUUCUCAGGGGUCAAUAGGUUAAUCAUCAGGAUUUGGCCAAGGGCCGAAGAGAGAGAGAGAAAGAGAGAGAGCGUGUGUGUAUGUUUGUGUGUGUGUGUGUGUUACCAACAUAUUUUUUCUCUGUCUUUCUUCACCUCUUAAGAAUAUCCAGCUGUACAGCCAAGCAGACAUUCCAUUCCUGUGUGUAUGUGUGUGUAUUGAUAUGGAUGUUACGUCCAGUCCGAACAGCUGCAGCUAUGAAAACAGACGGUGCUUGUCCCUGUGUGUGUGUGUGUGUGUGUGUGUGUUUACAAGUAUAUAUUUGCGUAUUAGCACAUAUUUUAGCAGUUGGUUGCUUUUGCAGUAACAUUUUUCACUGUGCUCUGUUUGCAUCUCUGCAUAAUGCCAGGUGAUUUUUAAACCAAGCUGCGGUACAUGUUGCCUCAAAUACACCUCCUCAUAUAAAUAUAAUUUAUAUGAAUAAAUGA